AUGGAAGCAAUCGUUAAGAAAUUUAGUGAUGCUUUGGACACUACCCAGACAGUCAUCUGGAAUGGUCCCAUGGGAGUCUUUGAAUUUGACAAGUUCGCUGUUGGCACAGAGGCUAUUGCCAAGAAGCUAGAGGAGAUUAGUAAGAAGGGUGCAACCACAAUUAUUGGUGGUGGUGACUCUGUUGCUGCAGUAGAGAAGGUAGGAGUCGCAGAGGCAAUGAGCCACAUAUCAACUGGUGGUGGUGCUAGUUUGGAGCUGUUAGAAGGCAAAGAACUUCUUGGAGUGCUUGCUCUUGAUGAAGCCGAGCCAGUUCCGUUUUAAGACAAGUUCAUCACGGAAUACAAAUUCUAUUUUUUCUCAUCUUCCCUUUCCCAGGUUCAGCCUCUUAACAUGAGUUUGUAACCGAGAAACAGAUAUAAAAUGAGCCUCUUUGUAGAUUACCAUUAUUUGCAAUAAAUGUGUUUGAUGUUGAUCAUA